AUGGAACCCGCCAGAGGAACAGGAGAGACCCAGACCGAGGCCUGGCGGAGCGGACCGGCCCAGCUGCACCCUCAGCGGGCGGCUCCAGGGGGCGCCCCGUCUGCGAUAAUCCUCUCCUUCCAAGAAGAUGUGGGCGCCGCGCUCUCCCCGUCAGCGCUCAUUACCGACGAGUACAACAGCAGCGUUUUGGGAGAUGAGGUUUUGGCGAUUGAGAUGGGGACGGUGAUCCAGAACCUCACCGACACCAUCAACGUCAACUUCUGGAACUCAAAAUACGACGGAGUUCCAUCAUGUCACUCCUGGAACGGAACGGGAGGCAGACCACAGUGGACCAGUUACGGAUGUGAGACCAUUCAAAGUGGGAUUAAUGUCACCUGCAAGUGCUCUCACAUGACCUUCUUCGCUGUUCUGCUGACUCCCCUGAAUGAGACCAUAAGCAGCUCAGACCUCAACACUCUCACCACCCUCACUCGUAUCGGUUGUGGCAUCUCCAUGUUCUUCCUCGCAAUCGUCGUCUUCCUCCACUUCGUCAUGAGAUCAUAUGAGUAA